AUGUUAUUUUGCCCAACUUGUGGUAAUUUAUUGCUAAUUCAGACUGGAGGGUCAAGAAGACAAUUCUUUUGUCAAACUUGUCCUUUUCAGUAUAAUAUUAUGAAACCGUAUAAAAAAGAGACACGCUUCAAGCGUAAAGAACUGGAUGAUGUGCUUGGUGGUGAGGAUGCAUGGAAGAAUGUCGAUUCAACUGAAGCAACAUGUCCCAAAUGUGAACAUAAACGUGCCUAUUAUAUGCAAAUACAAACGCGUUCUGCUGAUGAGCCCAUGACUAUUUAUUAUCGAUGCUGUAAUCCUGAUUGUCAUCAUCAAUGGAAUGAAAAGUGA